AUGGAAGACGAGGAAGAGGAUGAGGAAUUGGAGAGGGAGAAGCGGCGAGCCCUGCAAGCAGUAUUUGGGGAAUCCGACGACGACGACGGUGGCGAGCAAAUCACCCCCUUCCAUCUCCAUGUGGGCAUCCCCCCCUUCUCCGUCCUCCCAUCUCUACCAUUCUCCGGCCGCACUAAAGGUGAUGCAUACGAUCAGAGGCAGGAUAAGGCGAGCUGGGAGCAGGUGGAAGGGAUCAGAGGCCUGUGGCUGUGCAGGGACUUCCUCUCGCCGGAGCUCCAGUCUACUCUUCUCGCCGCCAUCGAGAACGGUAAAUCUCCCGCUCCUUCCCCUACAACCACUAAUAAGGUCGUACGAAUCCCUCCUUCUCCUCACCAUCUGGUGAAAGCUAAUAUAUAUGACGACUAUUGACCCACUUCCCUCUUCCCCUCUCUCAGAGAUUGCUCCAAAUACUCCAUUCCCGCAAUGUGAAAUUCCUGAUCAUUGUUUCAAUACUCCUUAUAUUAUUCCCUGCUUCCAGCAUCUCCCCUCCCCCUUUGAGAGAUUGCUCCAAUACCCCACUGCCCAUGUGAAAUUUCUUCAUAAAAUUUUCCAUUCCUGGUCACGAAUCCCCCACUUCACAUGUAGAAUGAUGCAACCGUUUUUGGGUGAACCCAUGGAAAAUAGACAGAUGAUGCGUGUCGCCCAAUGAAGCUCAUGGAUCAAAUAAAUCCACCUAUUAAUUCAAGGCGAGCCGUUUCCGUUCCUAUUUUUUCUUAGAUUGAUCCAAUUGGGACGAUACAAUGAGACCCAGGUCCCCCCCCCCCAUAUUAAGAAACUUAAAAAGAAAGUAUGUUGCAAGUUUAGACCUCCUAAUUCCAUGAAAACUUUCCUAUUUUUGUAUACGCUAUUCAACAGAAUCCUCAGUCUUUGAUAAUCUCCUCUUUCAUCCCACAAUGGGGAUUACAGCAUUGGUUAGAGGUUCUACAUGGGAAAUUUUCUCGAAGAGGUGAUUCCAACCAUGAAGACGGUGGGGUUUGGGAAUGAUUCUUAACUCUCUAAUCCGAGAGAAUCUUCAUCGUGGACCUGCAUGAAGUUGACGGUCAUCUUCCUCCUCACAGUCUCGUCCUAUGAAAACCCUCCUCUCUAGACCCAUUUGCCUAUGAGAAUCGGAUUCCCGGUGGCACUUGGCCAUCUUUUGAUGAGGUUUUGAUCAUCAUCAUGUGUUUUCUGCAGAAGGAUGGUUCACUGAAGAAACCCACAACCAGGUAACCUUUCUAUUCCCCAACACAAGAGUGUGUUUUACUCUCUCUAAGAAGCUUUUCUUCCCUCUAGACUCUGAAAAAAAGAACAGGACAUCUGCUUCUCGGUUGGGGCUAGACGCGGUCCACCGACUAUGUCGACUCCAUGGGUCGCUUGUAGAGCAGCAUCUAUAUGGCACCUUAGAACCUCCAGUCACGGGCGAUAUGACCCAGGAUGGCCCAAACCAGAAAAGCUCACCCAAUCCUCACGUCGAUCAGGAACCCGAUUUGACUCCAUACAUCCCCACAAAAACCAUGCAAAUCAGCCAAUGGGUUCUCUGGGUCCUUUUUCCGAUCCCUUUUUCUACGAAUUAGUUCCUUUAAAAAACACCCCUGCAUGCAAUUUUAUAUUACUAAUUAUUUAUCUUAAAUAAGUAAAUAUGUCUAUUUAAAUAAUCUCCAACUCCUUUCGCCGCAGGCGAUGAGGUUCGGAGAUCUACCAAUCUGGGCCUCCGACCUCUCGGACCUAAUCCAAGAAGCCGCCGCCGUCUCAGACGCCGAGCCGCAUCCCAUCCCGGGUCAUCUCCUCUGGAGGGACCCGCUGUUCGAUCAGCUCAUCGUUAACGUGUACGCCCCCGGUGAGGUGCGAAAUGUACCCUCGCCCGCCCCCCCCCCCCCCGGUCCUUACCCCUACAUGCGUGACGGUGCUUUCUUCGCAGGGGAUCUGCUUCCACGUGGACCUGAUGCGCUUCGAGGACGGCAUCGCCGUCGUCUCCCUAGAGUCCCCAUGCGUAAUGGACUUCUCCCCCCUCGCCGCCGCCGACGCCGGCGAGGGGUCGCCGUCUCCGGCGAAGAUCCCGGUUUUGCUACACCCGGGAUCACUGAUGGUCCUGUCCGGCGAGGCCCGGUACCGCUGGGAGCACGGCAUCGACCGGCGGCCGGGUUUCCAAAUGUGGGAAGGAGAGGAGCUCCGCCAGGGGAGGAGGACCUCCAUCACCCUCCGCAGGCUUCGCCGCUCCCCCUCCGGAUAG